UUUUCAUUCUUUUGAUUUCAUUUUAAUAUUUACUGUAAUUUUAUUGAGCCAGAACUUCUUUUUGGUCUAUUCUCAUUUUGGGGAGUUUGUUGCUUGGGCUACUUUGUAAUUUUUGCUCUUCCUCUCUUUUUGGACUGAGUCUUUAGGGAAACCAGGAUUUAAAGAGGUAGAGGUGAAGACAGGAUGCAUUCCAGGUCUGAGGAAUGCCAGUUCAAAGGUGUGGAGGUGGGAGGCAGAUUGUCUUGUGUGCAGAAUAGUGAAUAAGGGUACUUUGACUGUAUCACAGAGUUGAGGAAGGAGUAAUAUGUAAGAAGACUGGAAAGCUGGCUGUGAAAGACCCCUGCUGAGAGGGACAGGGGGAGGCUAGGACUGGGCCACUUUGGAGGGGAUUGUUGUCUGGCUUUUUUUCAGUUUGACCCAUUUCACCUAAUAUCCCCAAACUUCUCUUAAGCUCAAUUCAGCAUGUCAUCUGCUGAAGGAAACUCUUGAUCCUCCCUCCACCACUAGUGAUUUCCCUUAGAAACCACCUUGUAUUUACUUGUCCAUAUCAGGCAUGUGUAUUUUGCCAAUUCCCUGACAGUGUAAGCUCUAUGAGGCAAGGACUAUGAUAUGUCAUCUUGUCCCCUCUUCCUAGCAUAGGGCUUUGAAUGUUGAUUGAAUGACGUGGAUGUGCCAGGUAUUUUGCCAAGGAAAUAUAUUUGCCUAAAGAAAACACAGACUGGCCCUGCCUUCAGCAAGCUUCCUGGGGUGGGUGGGGGCAGAUACAGACUUGCAGAGCAGUUGCUGAUCUGCUUUGGGUAAUGGAGAGUUUCCUCAACAAGAGUUUGUUAUACCAGUGAAGUCACAAGUAGGUAUAAAAAAGUCCAGGCUGGUGCCAAUGCUCAAGGGCAGAGACAACAAGAACACAGACCUUGCCCUUCAGAAAUGUAUUUUCUAACCAGCAUGGUGGGCAGGCCUGUAAUCCCUUUGGCUGAUUACUUCAUUGUACUCCAGACUUCUGAGCCACAGUGGAUCUAAAUCUGAUUGGAUGUUCACACAGAGUCCAUCACCAAUAUGAAUGGUGAUGGGGUGGAGGUAGGGGACCCAUCAGAUUGCUUAAGGUAAGAAUAUUAAUACCUGGGGUGGUAAGGGUAGGGAUCAGGAAGAUUCAAAGGGGAAGUAGCUGAGGUGAGCCUUGAAGAAAGUUCUAGAAUUCUGGGAGGUGUCAGGAGGGAAUUUCAAUUUUCAGCCUUGUGUUGAUGUUAAAAGAUUGUUAGACAGGGAUCUGGCACAAAUGGUUUGGGCUACAGUAACCCAUAAUUCAGAAUGGCAAUUUAUUUAUUUGUAACAGGAGAACCCAUACUGCUUAUCUACAUAGGGCACUACUUCUUGGUGGGUAGGUCUGCUUAGGAGACCAAAUAUCAAAAUCAGAAAGCUGCUUGGUGAGCCCGAGUUGAGAACAAAAGGUGUAUGUUUUUUAGGGGAUAUUUACCUCAUGCUAGGGUAAUUUGCUUGACUGUUCUAUACUUUAAGGACACAUCUCUAUUAAGAACUGGUUAUCAGUCAUCUUAUCAUCAGAACACCUACACUCCUGGAUAGUCCCGGAAAUACACUGGCAAGUCCUUCCUCUUUGGCUCUCAUUGGAGACUACACUGCUCCCUUGCUCCAUGGCUAAAGACAUCCUGGGUGAUGCAGGCCUUCACUUUGAUGAGCUGAACAAACUUCGAGUGUUGGACCCUGAGGUGACUCAGCAGACCAUAGAACUCAAGGAGGAAUGCAAGGACUUUGUGGACAAAAUCGGCCAGUUUCAGAAAAUAGUAGGUGGCCUAAUUGAGCUUGUGGACCAACUUGCAAAAGAAGCUGAAAAUGAGAAGAUGAAGGCAAUUGGAGCACGCAAUUUGCUUAAAUCCAUAGCAAAGCAAAGGGAGGCCCAACAGCAGCAGCUCCAGGCUCUAAUAGCAGAAAAGAAAAUGCAGCUAGAAAGGUAUCGGGUUGAAUAUGAAGCUUUGUGUAAAGUAGAAGCAGAACAAAAUGAAUUUAUUGACCAAUUUAUUUUUCAGAAAUAAACUGAUUUUUACAGAAAAAAAAAAAACCUACCAAAAAAAAAACCCUCCCCAAAAUACCCCUACAUAGAGAAAUUCCUUUCAUUCCAGUAAACUUGGUGACUAUGUGUGCACAUAUGCAAUUUGGGAUCAUAACAAAUAUCAUGUCUUCUUGAAAGGCAAUAAUAAAACUUUUUUUAGAAUCCUGCCCAUUUAUAGCCAGAUGGCAGUAACCAGGAUUUUGCCUGUCCAGAAGCCAGGGACAGCAGGGCUGACCAUCUUUGCUGUGGACUCUCCUGUGUUGUCUGACCUAUAGAGACACCUGUAAACACCAGGCCUUUUUUGAAGCACCUACCAUUUUGAAAGAAAAAAAGGCAAUAAAUUGUUGUUUCUAGA